AUGUCAUCUCGUUCUACAGAAGGUAAGCGGCGUGAUAGUGCUUGUGUCCAUCCUUUUCCAAGUCCAUCUAUGGUCUCUAUUGUUCUUGGUGCCCAAUGGGGUGAUGAAGGAAAAGGCAAAUUAGUUGAUCUACUCGCAUCUGAAGCUGAUGUUGUUUGUCGUUGUCAAGGUGGAAACAAUGCUGGACAUAGUGUUGUAGUUGAUGGUGUUGAAUAUGAUUUUCAUAUGCUUCCAUCAGGUUUUCAUCUACAAAAUUGUGUUAAUAUCAUUGGUAAUGGUUGUGUCGUUAAUUUACCAGAAUUAAGGGAAGAAAUUCAAAAGAAUGAAUCUCGUGGUAUUACGAAUUGGUCAAAUCGAUUAUUGAUAUCUGAUCGAGCACAUCUUGUUUUUGAUUUUCAUAAACAAAGUGAUGGUUUUAUUGAACGAGGACGUGGUAAGAGUAGUCUUGGUACAACAAAAAAAGGUAUUGGACCAACAUAUUCAUCGAAAGCUACACGAAAUGGUAUUCGUGCAGGUGAUUUAGUUGGUGAUUUUUCUAUGUUUUCUGAUAAAUUACGAAAUAUUUAUAAUUAUUAUAAAUUAACAUUUCCUGAUUUGGAUAUUGAUAUUGAAAAAACUAUUGAACAAUUUAAACAACUUGUUGAAUAUUUUCGUCCAAUGAUAAUUGAUACAAUAGCUUAUUUAAAUCAAGCUAUAAUUGAUGGUUCAAAAAAAAUUCUUGUUGAAGGUGCUAAUGCUACAAUGCUUGAUAUUGAUUUUGUGAUAUCGAUUAUAUUUUGUAUUCCAAGUAAUAUCGAUGGAUUGAUCGAUAUUUUUAGCUUUUCUGCAUGGAUUUUCUAUGGUUUAACAUUUGUAGCAACACUUUGCUGUAAAUUUACAAUGAAAAAAGCUAAACGAGUGAUUAGUGUUCCAAUACCACUAAUUCUUCUUAUUAUUCUGAUUGCAAUUUAUUUGGUGAUUGCACCUGUUAUUGCUAAUCCAAGUAUUGGAUUUCUUGUAGCUUCAUGUCUUAUUCUCUUUGGUAUGGUAUUUUAUUAUCCAUUUGUAUACAAUCAAGUAGAAUUAGAAUGCAUUAAAAAAAUGACAAAAUUUCUUGAAGAUUUUUUCGAUUUGAAGAUAUCAAGUAUUAAUUUGGAUUAA